AUGGCGUACGGCGACCGCGUCAUCACCUUCGAGGACUCCGAGAAGGAGAGCGAGUACGGCUAUGUCCGCAAGGACAUGAAGCAUUGGCCCCUCAUAGCUCCCCUGCCAUCCUACGGGAGAGGAAGGGACGAGCCUGGCGCAAGGUACAGCAAUUUCAUUGGAGGAUCCAAUCUCACUGACGUCAUCAUCACAGGCAAAAAUGGAACGAUCAACGGGAAGGGGCAGGUCUGGUGGGACAAGUUCCACGCCAAGGAGCUCAAGUUCAUCCGCGGCCACCUCCUCGAGCUCCUCUACUCUGAGAACAUCAUCAUCUCCAAUGUCACCUUCGUCAACGCGCCGUACUGGAACCUCCACCCUACCUAUUGCACCAAUGUGACCAUCAGUGGCGUCACAAUUCUCGCGCCGGUGAAUUCGCCUAACACCGAUGGAAUUGACCCGAAGUCUUCCUCGCGUGUCAAGAUCGAGGACUGCUACAUCGUCUCCGGCGACGACUGCGUGGCCGUGAAGAGCGGGUGGGAUGAGUACGGCAUCAGGUUCAACAUGCCGAGCCAGCACAUCGUCAUCCAGAGGCUGACCAGCGUCUCCCCCACGAGCGCCAUGAUCGCGCUGAGCAGCGAGAUGUCGGGCGGCAUCCGCGACGUGCGUGCCAAGGACAGUGUGGCCAUCAACACGGAGUCGGCCAUCAGGGUCAAGACGCUUGGAGCAAUUGCUGGUGUUCUGUCGAGGAAUGAGCUCGUCGCUGCAGCUCUCUUCACUCUUGCAAUCAAUCACAAACAGGUGGAUGUGUUCUCUUUUGGGAUAGUUUUAUGGGAGAUCUUGACUGGUGAGGAACCCAUUGAUAGAAGUGAUUACAAGUCAGGCGACCAGCUGGUCGUGCUAUAG